AUGGAAGCUGUCGGUGCUGGUGCCAGCAUACUCACCCUUAUCACCGUCGCUUUCUCGGUGACUCAAUCAAUCCAUUCGGGACUCUCAGCCAUCAAAGAUGGCCCUGGGGUCAUUCGUUCCCUCACCCGUGAGAUUGCGCAGCUUGAGAGUGUUUUACAACGCCUAAAGCAAAUACCUUUUGCUUCUAUCAAUAACAUCGAUAGGUCUCAGCUGAAGGCUUUGGCGAAAAGAUGCAAAGGCGACUUGGCCGAACUUGACCAUCGUCUGAAAUCCCUUGAUGUUUCAACCUUGGAUGGUCGAAGAGGUCGCCUCUGGAGAAACCUGAAGCUAUGUUUCUCAGAAAAAGAACUCGACCAUAUCCGCAAUGCGGUUCAAAGCCAUUUGCACCAUCUAACAAUUCAAUUCCAUAUUAUCCAGGCGCGACAAUUGUCUUUGACUGCAACUCAAUCUACCCAAAUUUUGAGCGAUCUCCAGCAUCUCAAACAAGAGAUUGCAGCCUUGCGAAUAAACAGUACAGCUAGUCUGGUCACCGAGGAGGAAUCGCCAUCAACUUCAGUAAGGGUGACGGAGGUGGACGACGAAGAGAUGGACUGUUCACCAGAUACAUCGUUGGAUGAGAGUAUUAAUCGUUUGAUGCGACUACUGGAGAAAAAGCCCUGCGUGGUCGAGUCCGAUGAUUCAGAAGAGCUCCUGAAAGACAUUGAGUAUCUUCUAGACUAUAUCCGAAAUGAUGCAGAGCCUGUCGAGUCAGAAGGGGCCUGCCAGAACUGUCAACAAGACGUUUCAAAGGAAUUAAAGCUCAUGGCAAAUAUCAUCCUCUCUUCUCCGUCGAUGAUGAUCAAUCAAACUGAUGCAACAAAAAGAUUCUGGAGACCAACGGGCGAACAGCUUUUAAUUUCGCAAGAACCAAAACGAAAGGCUUUCGAAACAGAGGAUGGAGUUGUGACCGUAACGACAACUAAGAGGUAUCAAAACCUAUCCUCUGAAAUCGAAAGGGGGAAAAUUGAAACCAGAAGAGACUUCGUCGCAAAACUUACCUACACAUCCAAAAGCACAAAGAAGAUGCUCAGACUGUCGGUGAAUCAGGGACAGUCUUUAUUUAACAGUUUUACCAGCAUUUUGCCUUGCGCCAUGGUGUGCAACAUCUUACCCGGAGACUCUCUUGUAUUUGACACAGCCCGGAGCGGAUCAGUCCAAGACCUCCUCAAAUUGUUCGAGGGAGGUUUGGCCAAUCUUCAUGAUCACGAUACAAAUGGAUGGUCAUUACUCCAUCAUUCAGUGAGAAAUCUCCCGGUUCUGAAAUUCCUGAUAGAACAGGGAUUGGACAUCGAUGAAGUCAUAACCUACACUCGCACCGAUCGCGAAUGCCAGAUUACUCCAUCUCAUCUCGCUCUUGAGCGUGGACUUUCUAUAGCGCAUUACGAAGCCCUCCUGCAUGCAGGGGCAGAUGUGACUUUACGAGUUGAAGGAAGAGAGACUGCAGUUCAGCUCCUUGUCGAUCUUGAUACAGAGGCUCGCUUCACUGUAAUGAAACAGACGCUUGCUCUAAGUCCUUUUGUUUAUGCCAACUCAAACACUUGGGAAAACCAGGAUUUGAUCCCAAGACUUUGCUUUGGUGCUUUCAUAAAUCAACACUCCGAAUCACAUCAGACACUCCAGCAAGUACGGUUACUCGUUGAGAAAGGCUACGACGUCAACAGCACUCUUAACGGACAAACUUGCCUACAUCUCCUUUUUAGGGCAUCCGAUGCCUGGCAUCAGCGUAUGCCAGAAUACAUGGAACUUUUAUCGCUUCUUAUUGAGAAUGGUGCUGACUUGUGUGCCGAGGAUGACGAUGCAUAUCAACCUUGGCACCAUGCUUAUAGUGCCACAUGUACGGCUUGUUAUCAAUUCAGUCCUUCAGCCAAAGGUGAUACCUGGGAUGCAGUUCUGACUUGCCUCGGCUACAACAUUUUGGAACAAAGGAGACAUUAUCCACGGGAAGCGCGAUAUUCCACCGGAUAUACUCGCGAAGAUUUUGAAAAGCUGUGGUAUGGGCAACAGGGCAAAUGUCCUUAUUGGGAUGAUCAGUUAUGGCCGCCAGCCUCUGAACAAAGCGAUACGACAUCCCCCUCUGGGUCGCUAACAAGAGGAAAUCUUUGCCGUAUGUGUAUAUACUGCGUGGAUGAUCCUGACUGUUUUAACUGUGGCGUUUGCUUGUCUUCUUUCGAGUUCUUUUGCGGAGAUGACAAUCAUGUACACGACCAAUUCUGCCCGAGGGAGCGUGUCGCAGCUUGGGAGCUGCAGGAGGAAGAUGAUGAAGUUUACUGGGAACUUGUGCGUUUCUCAGACAGAGAAUCAGGUUAUGAUGCUUCCUUGAGUGAAGAUUCCGAGGAUGGCGGAACCUUAUUGCAAGACAGGUUUGAAGAAGUGUUAUGUGAUGCUUCAGCAGAAGAAGUAUCGUGA